AUGGAUCUUUUUCUGGCUAGUCGAUAUAAAGUAUUAUUUGUUAAGUUUGUAAUUGCUGCUUCUCUAAAGCCACAUAUUCCACGUCCGAUUUGGAACUACGUAGUGAACGUUUCACCUGUCAAAUUAUUGCUCGAUUUUAUAGCAGACAAACAGAUAUAUAUGGCUUUGGAUGGUGGUCCAGAUUCGAUGCUUGCAGUCAGCAAAAAAUAUCAACCAGUUUCGGCACAAUUGGAAUCCUGCUUAAAACAUUUAGAAAAUUUGGGGUUGGAUCAUAAUGUUGAAGAUAAAUUAGUUCGUUUCGAGGACACGAUAAUUAAAAUGAUUGAUUUUCGUACCAGUUUGGGUGCUAACUUGAACCGAAAACUCGGUGUUAUUGAUUUGGCAAAAAUGGAUGUGAAAUUACAUUCAUUCGAUCUUAGCAGUGAUCCAAAAACGGCAUGUGUGAAGACAGUUAGUGCAAAUGGCGAUUAUCCUGCGGAAUGGAGAAAUAUUUAUGAUGAUGUUAAUACUCUGACAUCAAAUAUUAGUGAACCUUCGGGUUCUCUCCUUACUUCCGAAACACGAGAAUCCCCCGAAUAUACUUUCUCAACAUCUUUCUCACAUCUUGGGAUUGAACACAAUUUUGCUGCACGUUCGUCCGUUUGUAAAAUAAUGCUGUCGGAGCUACUAACUCAUAAAAGAGAACGUUAUGCAAAGCGUCAACGACUUCAUCCUAUUCUCUAUUCUGGAAGUUCUUCUGCUAAUUCUAACUCCUCACUACCGUUACCAUCAAUACGUCUUGGUAGCAAUUUAGUUUCCCAUCUACAUGAACAUCAAGCAGCUGUUAAUAAGUUAGCACAAAAUCCAAAUGGUUGUUAUUUUGCAAGCGCUGGAGCUGAUGGACUUGUGAAACUAUGGUCACUGAAUCGAAUACAGGGAGAUUUGAGUAUGAUUGUCCGUGCCGAUGCUACAUUCACCUAUAGCGGUCACGAAAUCAGUUCAGUGCAAUUCUUGGGACGAACAGGAUCUCAUCUGGCCAUUGCAAGUGAGGAUUGUCGUAUUAGUGUUAUCGAUUCUGAACGAAUGCAGCUUUUAACAAAGAUUAGUUUCGAUAAAGAGGGAGAAGGUCCACCAGUGGAUAUCAUUGCCGUUGAUAAUCUUCUCUAUGUUCUAACUCAUCACAGUAACAUUUUCUGCCUUGAUUGCAGUCCAACAGAAACUUUCUACCCUAAUAUUAGGAUACCAACGUAUGAGAGGGCAGUUUUGGGCAGUAAGCCUAAAGUAAUUUGGCGACAUCGAAUCAAAAAUGAAUACGGUUUGCUAACAUCAUUUUGUAUCGAUCCAGUAAGUCAAAAUUGGAUGUGUCUUACAUCAACUAGUCGUUAUAUUAUUCUAUGGGAUCUAAGGUUCGGAGUUGAAGUGAAUAGUUGGCCACAUCCAAGCGAUGCAUGCAGGAUCAUGCGUUGUUGGCCAGCGUAUCCGACAGUCAAUGAGCAUGCUGGUAGUUCUUGUGCAGAAAUUUGGACAGCAUCAUCGUGUGCAUUCGAACUAUCUCGUUGGAAAUUGGAAACAGCCCAAAGAACACACGUUAUAUGGCCCUCUCCAAGCAAACUUUUCCAGUAUUCCAUGAAAGAUAAGCAUGUGACAUCAGCAUUGGCCACUUGUCCCUUGACGGGUCGUAUUUUCACAGGUGACAGUUUGGGUGCCAUACGAUCGUAUAAUUUAUCGGAUCCAAAUGAAUGUUUUUACCUUUCCGGAUCACUGCGACGAACGACAGAAGCCGUUUCUUCGUCAUUGUCCGAGCAUUUCGCUUCCAUUCGUUACAGUAAAUCCGUAAUCGAUACGAUAGAAGUUUUGAGUGAAACAGUUAUGGGUAGAACUGCCGAACCGCUCUAUGCUGUAAAUCCACUUGAAGUGCAGGCAUGA